UGCGCGAGCGCUCGAGAAGGAUCAGUCGAUCCAUGCUCUCUCUUCUGUUCAAUUCUAACGACAAGCCUUGCUGAUGGCGACCCGGGUUGUCUUUGAUUCUUCUUGAAACUUCUGAAAAGAACCCAGUGGUUUCCCUGCGCCAGAUUGGGUUUUGAUUUGUGAAUACUGCAGUUUAGGGAGGAAACUUUGCCCAUUGAUGAUGCUUAUAAAGAGGUGGUGGUUCAAGAGGAAAAGGGGGUGUGCGUGGUGUUGUGGGUUGACGCCAUGGAUGUCGGGCUAAAGCUCCUCUUUUCUUGUGUGGUUGUCUUCGUGGUGUUUGGGAAUGACAGACCGGCUGUUUGUGGUGGCGAGGCAUUGGAGCCAUUGGAGAUGAUGGCGGACGAAGCAGAAAAUCAAUGUCCCUCCUUUAGCGGGAGUGAGGGUGCUUAUUUAGAUAACAUGGAAGACGAUGCAUGGAAAAUGGUCCAGAAGAAUGGGAACCAGUUUGUGGUUAAUGACCAACCUUUCUAUGUCAAUGGGUUCAACACCUACUGGUUGAUGGUGUUUGCUGCGGAUGAGUCCACAAGAGGGAAGGUCAGCGAGCUUUUCCAACAAGCAUCUGCUGUGGGAUUAACGGUCUGUAGAACUUGGGCUUUCAAUGAUGGCCAAUGGCGAGCUCUUCAGAAAUCUCCAUCAGUUUAUGAUGAAGUUGUUUUUAAGGCAUUAGAUUUUGUGGUGAGUGAAGCGAAGAAGUACAAAAUCCGGCUCAUUUUGUCGUUUACUAAUAAUUGGGAAGCUUAUGGUGGCAAAGCACAAUAUGUCAAAUGGGGCAAAGCAGCUGGCCUGAACUUGACAUCGGAUGACGACUUCUUCUCUCAUCCAACUCUUAAGAGCUAUUUCAAGGCUCAUGUUAAGACCGUGCUUAAUAGAGUCAAUACGUUCACAAAUAUUACUUACAAGGAGGACCCUACAAUCUUUGCAUGGGAAUUGAUGAAUGAGCCACGAUGCACCUCGGAUCCAUCUGGUGAUACCUUGCAGGCAUGGAUAGAAGAAAUGGCAGUGUAUGUGAAGAGUAUCGACCCAAAGCAUUUGGUAGAGAUUGGAUUAGAAGGAUUUUACGGUCUCUCCACUCCUAACAAAGUUCAGCAUAAUCCAAACACGUAUGCACAGCAAGUUGGUACUGACUUCAUUAGGAACCAUCAGGUUCUCGGGAUUGAUUUUGCCUCUGUUCAUAUCUAUCCAGACUCUUGGAUAUCGCAAUCAAUCUCGGAUGUGCAUCUCCAGUUCACAAAAUCAUGGAUGGAAGCUCACAUUGAGGAUGCUGAGGAGUAUCUUGGCAUGCCUGUUUUGUUUUCUGAAUUUGGCGUCAAUGCUAAUGACCCUGGUUACAAUUCGUCAUUCCGGGACACGCUUUUCAGCACGGUGUACAAGACCCUCUUGGACUCGACCAAGAAAGGUGGAGGCGGGGCUGGAAGCCUUUUGUGGCAGCUGUUCCCUGAAGGGACAGACUAUAUGGACGACGGGUACGCUGUUGUUCUUUCGAAGUCUCCUUCCACGUCAAACAUCAUUUCCCUGCAUUCCACAAGACUCGCAAUCUUCAACUCCGCGUGUUCUUGGAAGUGCCGCUGGGGUUGUAAGAAGAAGCUUGUUUCGGAUACGUUCAUGUACCAUGAUGAUCUGUAGACCGAUAAAGAUUGGAAUGUAAAAGUAAAUGCUUAUAUGAUGUGACUUAAGAGUUUCUGUGAAAUUAUAACAAAGCUCUUGAUAGAUGAUUAAACCAUC